AUGGCUUCCUUCUUCUCAAAGGCCAGGUUAGCGACCUUUUCCAAGUUCGCCGCAGGUGCCACCAUCACAGGCGCCGCUGGUUUUCACCUCUGGACGCGUCAGUGCGCGUUCGACGACACUUUUACCCCGGCCAACGACACCCUCUUCCAACACUCUCUUCUUAAAAAGGUCAAUCCAAACAACAAUCCCGACUUUCACGACUGCUGUUACCGCACAGUUCCAUUUGACAAGUUGCGGCCGGAUCUUGUUGAGGACGCGCUUAGUGGAGGCUCAAAGCUUGUGGAGACGUAUUCUGCUGGUGUCUGGGGACGAUAUGGUGAGCAUGUGCCUGUAGCGGUGAGGGCGAUAUGGCAAGAAGCUGACUUUGAUACACAAGCAUUCAAUAUUCAACGCAAAAUCAUGGAGAUGGCCCGUAAAGACGAGUCGAACGCAGGGGACCUCUGGGAGAAAGAUGAGCUAUUAAAGAGCACUUACCCAGUCGGCACGGCUUUUGCUGACGACUUCAUUGUCAUCGAAAAGUCUCCAAGCAGCAUCUUGCUGCGGGGUGGGCUCUCCCCCAGGGUAGCGCCUGAUGGCCCACGCGAGUUGGACAGUAUCAUAAGCCUAGGUGCGGACCUCGACCGACAGGCCCGAGUCGUCAGCUUCAAGCUCAAGUCAAUACUUCUCAACGGGGUGAGCGACGGUAAUGAUGCUCCACUACCUGGGCCCGCGGUGUUCUUGCAUCAGCAGUACGCUAGGCUGUUGGUAACUGCCGGUGUUGACCACUGUGUUGCGUGA